CGCGGCGACGCGACGGCGCCGACCCGGUCGGCGCGCGCGACGGCGUCGCGGCGCGCGCGCGACGCGACGGCGAGGACGAUGCCGCGCGACGAGGACGACGAGGACGAGGACGACGCGACGCGCGCGCGACGACGCGCGGCGCGCGCGCACGCGCACGGCGACGCGAAAACGUUCGAAGCGUACGCCGAGGCGGCGCGCCUCGGCGAGGCGUCGACGUUCGUCGCGGACGCGCGCGCGUCGAGAGGGUUCGGCGUCGGCGGCGCGGCGCGAACGCUGUGCGACGCGCACGGCGCGGCGCGGGCGGUGACGCGCGUCGCGAUCCCGGACGCGCGAAGCGCGGAACGGGUGCGAGAUGAGAUGGCGAGGGCGAAGAUCAUGGAGCGCGCGCGGGCGAGGGUGCGAUGGGGGUGGGCGAAGGAGAGCGCGCUGCGGGGCGCGCUGGCGACGAAGGCGGAGCGAUGGGAGGAGGCGGAGCGGUGCUUCGCGCAGGCGCUGGAACUCGAUCCAGAGCACGUCAGGGCGUACGCCGCGCGAGGGGCGUGUUAUGCGAAUCGAAGGAUGUACGCCGAGGCGAUUCGGGAUUUCGAUCGGGCGUUGAAGAUUGAUCCGAACGACGGCGCGGCGAAGGCGUACAAGGCGGCGGUCGAGGAAAAGGCGCGAAGGCUCGAGCGCGCGCGGAGCGGCGCGAACGUCGGCGCGCGCGCGACGACGGAGGAUUUGGAUAGUUUACGCGCGCGCGUGUUGAAUCCCGCGCGCGGGCUCGACGCGCUGUCGAGAUCGCACGGGGCGACGAAGACGUACGAGAUGGAGCUCGGCGACGACGACGACGGCGUAGACGCGCGAAGCCGUCGAGAGCGAAAGCGGAAGAAGGAGCGCAAGAAGGAGCGCAAGAAGCGCAAGAAGAGGGAAAAGAAACGCUCUCGCAGGGACGAUUCGAGUUCGAGCUCAUCGAGUUCGUGAAGAAGUAUUAUAAUUGUAAUUUACACCUCGAGCGAGCCGGCGCU